AUGGAGCUGACCCCGAACUUUCCCAUGGGCUCCUGGCUCCUCCUGGCCAUCAGCCUCGUGCUUCUCUACCUGUACGGGACCCGCACACACGGAUGGUUCAAGAAACUGGGGGUCCCGGGGCCGACCCCGCUGCCCUUUUUUGGAACUUUGCUGUCUUACCGGCAUGGACUUUGGGACUUUGACUUGAAUUGUUUUAAAAAAUAUGGGAAAGUGUGGGGGAUUUUUGAUGGCCCAUUGCCUGUGUUGGCUAUUACUGACCCAGACAUGAUCAAAACCGUCCUGGUGAAAGAAUGUUACUCUGUCUUCACAAACCGGCGGCUCUUUGGUUCACUGGGACUUAUGAAAAACGCCCUCACUCUGUCUCAGGAUGAGCAGUGGAAGAGACUGCGGACUCUGCUGUCUUCAGUCUUCUCCAGCAGAAAGCUUAAGGAGAUGUUCCCCAUCAUUGCCCGGUAUGGAGAUGCGCUGGUGAGGAAUCUGAAGAAGAAGGCAGAUCAGGGCACAUCCAUCAACUUGAAAGUCGUGUUUGGGGCCUACAGCAUGGAUGUGAUCACCGGCACGUCAUUUGGAAUAAACGUGGAUUCCCUCAACAACCCUAAGGAUCCCUUGGUGGAAAAUGUCCAGAAGCUCUUGAAAGUCGAUUUCUCAGAUCCGUUCCUGUUCUUCAUUACACUCUUCCCAUUCCUCACAACUGUAUGUGAACUGUUGAAUAUCUUCCUGUUUCCAAGAAGGGUCUUGGAUUUUUUCAAAAAGUUCAUUCAUAGGAUCAAAGAAAGUCGGCUCAAAGAUAAUGGGAAGCAACGAGUGGACUUCCUUCAACUGAUGCUCAACACUCAGAAUUCCAAGGAAGUGGACUCCUACAAAGCUCUGACUGACCUGGAAUUAGUGGCCCAAUCAAUUAUCUUUAUCUUUUCUGGUUAUGAGACCACCAGCAGUGCUGUCUCAUUUCUCAUGUAUUGCCUUGCCAUCCACCCUGACGUCCAGCAGAAACUGCAGGAGGAGAUCGAUGCUACUUUCCCCAAUAAGGAGCCACCCACCUUUGACACCCUGGAGCAAAUGGAAUACCUUGACAUGGUGGUGAGCGAAACUCUCAGAUUAUAUCCAUCUGCUGGCCGAAUCGAAAGGGUCUGUAAGGAAGAUGUGGAGAUCAAUGGGCUGUUUAUCCCCAAAGGCACAGUGGUCAUGAUACCCAUCUUUGUUCUCCAUAAAGACCCGGAACUGUGGACAGAGCCCGAGGAGUUCCAUCCCGAAAGCAGGUUCAGCAGUCAGAACAAGGACAGCAUCAAUCCUUAUGUCUACAUGCCCUUUGGAGCUGGUCCUCGGAACUGUAUUGGCAUGAGGUUUGCUCUCAUGAGCCUGAAACUUGCUGUUGUCAAAACACUGCAGAACUUCACCUUCAAACCUUGUGAAGAAACACAGAUUCCAGUGAUAUUAGGGAAGCAAGUGCUGGUUCAACCGGAGAAACCCAUCGUUCUCAAGGUUGAGUCCAGAUGA